AUGUUUCUUUCUUUUUUUCCCUCCUCUCACCCCCAGUCUCUGUGCUCUACGACUCCAAGUCUGUCCUUCACUUCGUCCAGCCCGUCUCUUCGCUCUCUCCUUCUUACGGCUCCCUUCUCGCCGACGACUUUCUCAAACUUUCUCUUCCCUCCGCUCGCACCCAUUUCUCCUGUUUCCCCUAUCUCGACUCCAUUCUCCUCAUCGGAGGUGUCUCGCGAGCUGGACACAAUCUCUUCGACGUUUGGAAGUUCCUUCCCUCCAAGCUCCAAUGGACGCUUCUCUGCGAAGACCGCGGGGAAACCAUGCUUCCCGGCGCCUCCUACGCGCUCUACGGCGACUGCGUCAUCGGCUUCGGCGGCGUCCACCCGCGGAUCUCCCUCUUCUUCCUGCACCGAUCGCUCUGGAAGACGAUUCCCCUCGAAGGCUCCGCGUCGCUCCUUCAGCACGCCAUCGCCGUCGAGGCCUUCGACUCGCACUCCACGCUCUUCACCUUCGGGGGUUCCCCGUUUCCCCCAUCGGUUCCAUCGGUCUCAUCGGCCCAAUCGAUCGCAUCGGCCUCAUCCACGGCGUUCCUUCACACCAUUUCCUGCGCCAAGUCGCAGCUCGCGCGCUGCCAGCGCGUCCCUACCGGCCUACAGACGCACGGAGCGCCGUCGUUCAGCGCGCUGUCGGCGUACUGCGCGUCGCUGCGGUCGGCGGCGCAGCAGGCGGCGGGGAGCUCGGACCUGGACGCGCUGCAGCACCAGAUGGGCUUCAGCCCGCUGGAUUUGCCGCGGCAUCUUCUCGAGGUCCUCGACUUCUCCGUCUUCACCAUCCCCAACGAGCGAAGCCGGCUCCCGCCCAUGCUCGACUACUGGAACUUCCCGUCCCCGCGGAUCGCCGUCUCCAACGGGAAUUCCCCGCGGAAGGAGCGGCACGUGUCCUCGCAGUCCUGGAUCCCCAAUCCCCCGCCGCCCCCCAAGGUCUCGCUCCGACGCACCCAAUCGGGGAAUCUGGGGAAACUCGGGAGGUUCGCGGGGAAGGACCGAAAGCUCAACCCCCUCAUCUCCACGUCCUUCCCGCCGAACCGCGGUAAAUCGCUGUCCGCGGCGGAGAAACGCUCGGAGCUAUCGCUGUAGCGAUGUUCGAUCGAAUUCCACGCAGAUCCUACCCCCACGACGCCGAAAAAAAGAGCUUUUUCUCGCAGAGACUCUCCUCCCCGCGGGAAGCCCUCUCCCCGCGGUUCUCGAACAACCCGGAGAGCGCUUCGUACAACAAGGCGAGUUCGGGGGAAUUUCUGGAAAUGCGGAAAGUGGAAUCGUCGAGUCCGCUUUCCUUCUCCGGCACCGUCCCCAUUUCCCCCGCCUGGGACGACCGUUUCCAGGAGCCGGCCCCGCGGGGAGAGUGGUGUCAGUGGGAGACGAACCCCGUUGCGAUCGUGGAAACCGUGGAAACCGUGGAUCCGUCGGACGCGAUGCUGCUGGAGCUGGGGACGAGCGAAGUGGAGAAGACGACGAGUUCGGAGGAGGGGAAGACGAGCGACGCGCCGCUGCAGAGCUUCCGCGCGAUGCGAGAGAGCAUCGAGAGCCUGCGGAGGGAGGUGAAUCUGUACAGCAAGGUGGUGGUGAGCUGCCGAACGCGGAUCGACGACCUGCGAGGGAAGAUGGAGGUGGAGAAGGAGCAGUGCUCGACCUUGCGGUGCUUCAUCAAUGCGAGCGAGCUGAGGGAUGUGAGAGAGAGGAGGCGACGUGACGCGUAGAAGACCGUCGGGGAGCUGCGCGCGAUCGUGGCGGAGAAGGCGAGAUUGGUGGAGGCUU